UCGGUCGUCGGCGCAGGCAGCGCGGCGGGCAGCCCGAGCCGGCCGAGGCCCCAGGCGGCGGCGGCGGCGGCGGCGGCGGCGGCGAUGGCGGCCCUGAGGGGACCUGCCGGGCGCUUCCGGUGGCGCGUGCGGGCCGUGCCGGGCGGAGCGCGGGGCACUGCAGGGCGGCAAUGCUAUGACCUCCUGGUGAUUGGCGGGGGAUCCGGCGGCCUAGCCUGUGCCAAGGAAGCCGCUCAGCUGGGGAAGAAGGUGGCCGUGGUGGACUACGUGGAGCCUUCCCCCCGAGGUACCCGGUGGGGCCUUGGUGGCACCUGCGUGAACGUCGGCUGCAUCCCCAAGAAGCUGAUGCACCAGGCGGCGCUGCUAGGGGGCAUGAUCCACGACGCCCCCCACUACGGCUGGAAGGUGGCUCAGCCCCUGCACGACUGGGGGAAAAUGGCAGAAGCCAUUCAGAACCACGUGAAGUCCCUGAACUGGGGGCACCGGGUCCAGCUGCAGGACAGAAAAGUGAAGUACUUUAACUUCAAGGCCAGCUUUGUCAACCCACACAUGGUUUGUGGUGUCUCAAAAGGUGGGGAAGAGACUCUGCUUUCGGCCGACCACAUUGUCAUCGCCACCGGAGGGCGGCCGAGGUACCCCACGCAUAUCGAAGGUGCCUUGGAAUACGGGAUUACGAGUGAUGACAUCUUCUGGCUGAAGGAGUCCCCUGGAAAAACGUUGGUGGUUGGGGCCAGCUACGUGGCCCUGGAGUGCGCUGGCUUCCUCACUGGGCUCGGCCUGGAUGCCACUGUCAUGAUACGCAGUGUCCCUCUACGGGCCUUCGACCAGCAAAUGGCUUCCUUGGUCACAGAGCACAUGGUGGUUCACGGCACCCGAAUCCUGAGGGGCUGCACCCCCUUGAGGGUGGAGAGGCUCUCAGACAGGCGGCUCCAGGUCACCUGGGUGGACCUCGCCUCCGACAAGAAGGACACAGGCACCUUUGACACCGUCCUGUGGGCUGUAGGCCGAGUUCCAGAAACCAGAGGUCUGAAUUUGGAGAAGGCUGGUGUGCGUACCAACCCCAACACUCAGAAGAUCCUGGUUGACGCCCAGGAAGCCACCUCCGUCCCCCACAUCUAUGCCAUCGGAGACGUGGCGGAGGGGCGGCCAGAGCUGACGCCCACGGCUAUCAUGGCCGGGAGGCUCUUAGCCCAGCGGCUCUGCAGUCGGUCCUCAGACCUGAUGGACUAUGACAACGUCCCCACGACGGUCUUCACACCGCUGGAGUAUGGCUGUGUGGGGCUGUCAGAGGAGGAGGCUGUGGCUCGCCAUGGAGAGGAGCGUGUGGAGGUUUAUCACGCGUAUUAUAAACCACUGGAGUUCGUGAUGCCUGAACGGGACGCGUCCCAGUGUUACAUAAAGAUGGUGUGUCUGCGGGAGCCCCCACAGCUGGUGCUGGGCCUGCACUUCCUUGGCCCCAAUGCUGGCGAAGUUACUCAAGGAUUUGCUCUGGGGAUCAAGUGUGGGGCCUCCUACGAGCAGGUGAUGCGGACGGUGGGCAUCCACCCAACCUGUGCCGAGGAGGUGGCCAAGCUGCGCAUCUCCAAGCGCUCGGGCCUGGACCCCACCGUGACCGGCUGCUGAGGCUAAGCGGCCAUCCCUAGACCCAGGGUGCUCAGCAUGACUUCUGCCCCCACGGCCAGGCUCAGCGGAGGCUCAGAACCAGGCAGGAUGCUGAAGGCCGAGCCCGGGCGAGCCGCGCCCCUGCCCAGUGCAUCUGGACCAACCACCGAGCACCCUGCAGGGAUGGCCCAGGCUUGCAUCUCGCACCCCCGCCCAUGCCAGAUGAUGACGACUUGCGCAGAAACCCCCCGCGGGCUGCCCACGUCUGAGUCCACUGGCGUUUCCAGGGCACAAAUAAAGAGAGUGUUUUCCGGAAGCAUGCCCUGCCCAUGAUGUCCCCGACGCGCCCGGGGUGGCCGCCCGUCUGUCACCCCCUUGCCAUGGGGAAUCCCUUCCGAGUCAUGCUGUGCUGGGGUCAGCGUGCGGGGGGGCCCCCAGCACCCUACCCUGGAGGACCCUGCCUUUCCUCCUGGAGCAGAGCCUCCUGGGAACGCAAGCUGUGUUCCAGAGCCACCUGCCAGCGCCAUGGCCGGUGACAGGAGUGGGAUGGUGCUGAGGCCCUGUCCCCCGAAUGUUCCGCUUUCCCAGGGCCCCAUCCAGCUUGUCGGCUGGGCUCAGGCUAAUCCCGCACAUGGAGGCUGACGGGGAGGGAGGCCCCCGGCACCUGUCAGUCACCGCGGAGAGAUGGCGCUGACAGCGACGGGCAGGGCCCGGCAUUGUACUGGGGCUUUAGCGGCGGUUAAUCUCGUGUCUUCCCUAAGAAAACAUCACUUAGUCUGCCGCCCGGGAGCCCUGGGUGGGACCCUGCUUGUCAGCGAACAAAGGAAUGUCUUUGCGCCUUAAUGGGCCUGCGGGAACUCAGACGCCGCUCGCGUGAAGCGUGUGCAGCGGCCCUCAGACGCCCCAUUGAGACGCCAAGUGCCGGGAGGGGCCAGGCCUCUUGACAAAUGCAGCGCGAUCAGCCGUGUCCCGUUUAACGCCCGGCUAGUGGCCCC